AGUUGGUGAAAAGGUUAUCGAAAAAGAAACGAAAGCGAAAUAAAUAAAGGAGAAAAAACAACAACAAACUAGAAACGCUUUAUUGAGAGUGUUAGUGUGAGAGUGCAUUUGCGAGAGCUUUUCAAGAUGCCGGAAACGGAGUACGAAUGCUGCAGCAAAGAGUGGCUCCAAUCGGAGCUGAGAGCCAGCUGCGACCCAGCCAAAAAGCUGAUCAUACUCGACUGUCGCGCCUCUCAGGAGUACAGUGAGUCGCAUAUCCGAAGCGCCGUUAACUUCAGCAUACCGAGCAUAAUGUUGCGUCGUCUGGCCGCUGGCAAGAUCGACUUGCCAUCCACAAUUAAGUCGCAGGAGCUCAAGGAGCGCAUACAGGCGGGCUACAAACUCAGCCCCUUCAUUCUCUACAACGAUGUGGGCGUGUCGCCCCAACAACAACAACAACAACCAGCUCAAGAUGUGGCUGGAGCUUUUGCAAUGUAUGGAAAUGGCAACGAUGCCACGAUCAAUGUGCUCUAUCGCCGCCUCAAGCAGGACGGAUGUCGCGUGCUCUCGCUGCGAGAUGGCUUCUCCAGUUUUCGCCAAGCAUUUCCGGAGUGGUGCGAGGAUGAUAACCAGGCGCACAACAAAGAAAUGGAAUCUAGUCGCAACACACAGGCCGAUCAGUUAAUGGGUCUUAAAUCGCUACGCAUUUCCACGCCACAUUCCGAUUCGGCGUGCAGCAGUUCCGCCGAGUCCUCGGACUGCGAGAGCACCUCACACCAUCAUCAUCAUCACCAUCAUAAUUUCAAUGAGGCGCCCGUUGAGAUAGUGCCCGGACUCUUUCUGGGCAAUUCCACGCACAGCAGCGACUUGAAUGCUUUGCAAAAGUACAACAUUAAGUACGUGUUGAAUGUGACACCCGAUUUGCCAAAUGAGUUUGAGAAAUUGGGCAUUAUCAAGUAUCUGCAAAUACCCAUUACCGAUCAUUAUUCCCAGGAUCUGGCGAUGCAUUUUCCAGCUGCCAUACACUUUAUAGAGGAAGCGCGCUCGGCUAAUUCGGCGGUGCUGGUCCACUGCCUGGCAGGUGUCUCGCGCUCGGUAACGGUGACGUUGGCCUAUUUGAUGCACACACGGGCGCUCAGUCUGAACGAUGCGUUCAUGCUGGUGCGUGCUCGCAAGGCGGAUGUCUCGCCCAAUUUCCAUUUCAUGCAGCAGCUGCAAUCCUUUGAGAGCCAACUGCGUCUGAGUCCCUGCGAUGGCCAGGCGAUGGAUGAGAGCGGCAGCGUCAAUAUGAUUGGACCCACAGCUGGCUGCUCCUCGGCCACGGUGCUCUCGGGCAAUCCCAGCCUGGUGGCGCGCUGCGGCCGUGGCUCGAAAUUCUCAUGCAAUUGCAUCGCUCCCGACUGCAAGUGCAUGCAAACGGGCGGGUUUAUGGCCGCGCAUCUGGCCAAGGCAACUGGCGUCUCACCCGAUUCGGGUAUUGAGUUCGAUCGCUGGACACCAUCGUCGGACACGGGUCUUAAAUGAGAUCAGUGUGCGGGAAAGAGUUUUGUGCUGCCUCCCAGUCAGAGUCAGGAGUCGACAGCAGCAGCAGCAGGAGCAGCAGGAGCAGCAGGAGCAGUGGCAGCAGCAACCAGUUCGCCGCCACCGAUUGGGCUGGCGUGCGGCAAUGCGGACAACAUGUCACCGGCCAGCACCACCAGCUCAUCCACUUCAACAACGACCACGGCCGAGGCUGUCUCAGUGGUGGAGCUGGUGCCAGCCAAUGCGCAGCCAGCCGAGGCGACAAGCGAGGAGCCGUAAGAGCUGGGAGCUAUGCAGAAAACAAAACUUCUUUUCCUACUUUGGUUGUCGAAUACACACACACACACACACACACACACAUACACUUAUAUACAUAUAUAAAGCAUAUAAUAUAAUUAAUAAUUGUAAUAAUAAAAUAUAAUUUCUAGUUAAUUUUGUAAGUCUAACAAGCAGAAAA